UAGACGCAUCAGCGCAAUGUGAUGGUGCGCGACCGAGCAACAAUCAAUAAUAUUACAUAAAAUCGUCAAGAAAAUUACAGAAAAGGCAGCUGAAAUAUACAUAUACUAUUUCUACAGUUUGCGCAUCCUUUGUGUCUUGAAAGAUUUCUAAAUCAUCACAUCAUCGUGAUAACUAGCCCUUCCCUCUGAAGAAAUGACCUCCUCAGCUCACACGUCCUGUUCCUCCACUGACAUCCUUGAUGAGCUGCAGCUCAUCACUGCACAGAAUCUGGAGAAGGUGGACAUCAACAAAUACUAUGAGGUGAUCAGGGAGCUCGGCAAGGGCACCUACGGCAAAGUGGACCUGGUCAUCCACAAGAUCAGAGGCACAAAAAUGGCCCUGAAAUUCUUGCGCAAGAAAACCACCAAGCUGAAGAGUUUCCUGCGGGAGUACAGCAUCUCUCUCUACCUGUCACCCUGUCCUUUCAUCAUAAACAUGUUUGGCAUCGCCUUUGAAACUGAUGAAUACUACAUCUUCGCUCAAGAAUAUGCGCUGGCAGGCGAUCUCUUCGACAUCAUUCCUCCCCAGGUGGGAUUGUCUGAGAGUGUGGCCAAGCGUUGCGUGCACCAGGUGGGGAUUGCACUGGACUACCUGCACUGCAAGAAGCUGGUACACCGUGACAUAAAGCCGGAGAACGUCCUCAUCUUUGACAAGGAGUGCCGGAAAGUGAAACUGUCAGAUUUUGGCAUGACACGCCGGGCCGGCUCUCCAAUGAAGCGGGUGAGCGGAACCAUCCCGUAUACUGCACCAGAACUGUGUGACCCCGGGCGGCAAGAGGGCUUGUGUGUAGACUACAGCACGGACGUCUGGGCCCUCGGUGUGCUUCUUUUCUGCAUGCUCACUGGAAACUUUCCCUGGGAAAAGGCUCUGCCGUCCGACACCUUCUACGAGGAGUUUGUACGCUGGCAACAGCGACGGAGGCGGACAAGUGCCGUGCCGUCACAGUGGCGCCGUUUCACCGACGAGGCACUCCGCAUGUUCCGGCGCCUGCUAUCUAUCGAGCAGGACCGCCGAUGUUCCGUCAAGGAGGUCUUUAGCUCCUUCAACCACUGCUGGAUGCUCGACACGGAGAAUGGCAACACAACCCACUCUUGCACGAGUAACAGCAACAGUGGCGCGGUCAUAAAUGGAUGUCAGGCUGUGCUUAGCUCCUCUUCAGAAGAAGAAGAUGAGUUGGUGGACCGCUUGAAACAGCAGAGCUUGUCGCAAGGGUGUGGGGUAGCUAAAGGGGGCAUCGUCAUGGAGCCAGUGACAGCACACUACUCAUCAACAUCUACAAACAGCUCUCCUUCCUCCACUGGAGGCUAUGAGCGCGGCCCCCGUGACAACAACGGCAACAGCAGUCGCAUCCUAGUGGCGACGCCAAUUGAAAUAUGCGUGUAGAGAGGUAACCGGCACAAACCCACCUUGCACAUGGACUUGGGAUGACUAGAUAACAGGAGGGACUCAAGUCCUUGAGGAGCAAAAGCUUGAGAAGGAAAUUCUGUAGCUGAUGUUCGGCGCAAGUGCGCUAAGAGGAUCCCAAGAAGAGCUGAAAGCUUGAAACUGUUCCUUAUGAUGAGUGUUUCGGAGGGAAUGUGAAAGACAAUCACCAAAAUCUGACAAUUGUGUCUCGACCAAUUUUUCCACAUAUAAUCAGUCCAAAAUGAAAGAAGAUUCGGAAGAAUAGGAGAACCUCUUCUGUGAAAAUAUCAAGCAAUAUAUUGAAUGUUUGGCGAAAAAAAUGAUUGAACUCAGAAGAGAUUUUAAAAACAAUCUGAUUUUUCAAAUGUGAAACAUGACAAAAUAGUUAUUAGUGGAGACUAACAUUGUUUCGGAAGCACAGUGUGAACUGUGGUGCUAUUGUUUUGUGCUUGUGUAUCCCUGUGGUCAGUGGAUAUGACUUUGGAAUCUGAUGUAACUUUAUUAGUGUUUUAUUAUUUCUUUUGGUCCUUUACCCCCUAACAUUUGCAUUAUUUAUUUAAUAUUGUAGAAUUACAGAGUUUAAUAAUUUGCAGAGAAACUGCAUUGUCAAAACUGAGUUUGCUCACUAUAAAACCAAAACCGACAAGUACAAUAAAACAUCAAUUAAUUAAAGAAGCCUGUUAGUAAGUUUUGAAUGUUAGAUGCACAUAAAUCUGUUGACGGUAACGUAGUAAUUAGAGUUGCCAAAUGUCCCAUUUUAGCCGGAAUAUCCAGUAUUUUGGCCGAAAUGAAGAUGUCCCAAAUGGUAUGCCUAUUUUAUCCUAUAUUUUAGCAGGGAGAUGAUUGAGGGUGAUAUUUAAAAUAUUAUUGCUCCCAGAAACACAGUUCAAAAACUCUUCAGCCAUUUCAUGCUAACACAUUUAUGAAAAGAAUAUACAGGUAUAUUAUACCUGAAUAUACAGGUAUAAUACACUGCUUAUUUAUUUUUGUCUGGCAUUCUUUUUAAGCACCAUAGAUAGAUUGAUCCGAUAAUACUUGUGUGUUGGCAAGACGUUUAUUUAAUGUUUUCGGAUUCAUCUAAAAGAAGAAAGUCUAGACAUGUCACAGAGAUGUUAAAAUGUUACAAUAUUUAGUAGAUGUUUUCCAAACAUGUUCUUACAUGUUUUAUGAGUAUAUUAAUAAAAUGUUAACCGGACGUUUGUUCACAAAUAUGAUGCUUAAAGUAGAACGCAGUGAUUUUCAGAUGAUACGCUCUUUCACAGAUGUUUCGGUGAUGUAUGUUUGCUACUGAGUGUUUAAGGAUUUCUCAGGUAUACCAUUCACUGUGUAAUGUUUAACACUCACUUUUACUACUCCACCGUGAUCUUAUUAUUAUUUGCUGGUAUUCGUAUGCAAAGUGUGGAUCUUGCACAUGUACAUUUUCAAACAGUUGGAAUGACACUUAAACAUACAAUAGCAAUAUACUGACAGAAUCUAAAAUGUAAAAUUUUAGAGACGUACAAUGUUAACAAUUCUGUUGGAGCCUGGUUAGCUCAGUGAGUAUUGACGCUGACUACCACCCCUGGAGUCGUGAGUUCGAAUCCAGGGUGUGCUGAGAGACUCCAGCCAGGUCUCCUAAGCAACCAAAUUGGCCCAGUUGCUAGGGAAGGUUGAGUCACAUGGGGUAACCUCCUCGUGGUCGCGAUUAGUUGUUCUCGCUCUUAAUGGGGCACGUGGUAAGUUGUGCGUGGAUCACGGAGAGUAGCAUGGAGUCUACUGGGAGUCUCUGCGGUGUCAUGCACAAAGAGUCAUGUGAUAAGAUGCGUGGAUUGACUGUCUCAGAAGCUGAGGCAACUGAGGCUUGUCCUCCACCACCUGGAUUCAGGUGAGUAACCACACCACUACGAGUACUUACUAAGUAGUGGGAAUUGGGCAUUCCAAAUUGGGGAGAAAAGGGGGAUAAAAAAAAAAAAAAAAAACAAUUCUGUUGAGGUUCACAGAAUAUUGAAUUCACAGGUUUUAUUUCAAAUAUUGUAAUUUUUUUAGAUAUUUCCAAUAUAUGAAUUUAUAAAUAAGAUGGGAUUGCUGUGGGAUUGCGUAUUUCACUCAUCUGCAGUGGUACCACAGAAAAUGUUCUGGCAGUUCCAGUUCAGACUAGUCUUCAGAGGACUCGGAAUAAAGAUUUAUACCUCCCUAAAGUUGUACAUGCUUAAAAAACAUUUUAGACGGUGUCAGUACAUGGAUAUUUUACAUUUCAGUGUUUAUCCAAAUGUACGUCUACACUUUAUGUUUGAAUACAAAUGAGAUCACCUUGAUUACUCAGUUGAAGUUUAAAAAUCAAGCGUAGUCGAGUUUGCUGUUGAAUGAUGUCAUAUUUAUGCUCAAUGACAAACAGAAGGAGCACUGAUGUCUAUAGGAAGUGCUGCUUUGGGCCAGGGAAUGAACUUCCUCUAGUAUAUCCGCACAUUAUCCUUUUAUUAGGACCCUUGAUUACAUAUACAUUUUUACCUGCUGCUAAACCUUGAAUACUUUGCAUUUAGCUCAAAUAAUUCAAAAAUGCCAAUAAAGUGACAUGUACCACCUGGUCCAGAACAAGUCUUGUGCAAUUUAACAGGUUUUCAUGGUUAAAAUAUUUAUAUAAUUUAUGAGGACAUUUCUUCAAUGUCAUACUCUUGUUUGAAGACAGAUAGCAAAGAUAUUUUAGUUCAUUUCAGUCAUGAAUUAUUUUGACCUUAUACAUUUUAAAGGUGUAAGCAAAUGUUAGAAAGGGAACUUGACAUUUUGCAUGGAUAUUACAGAAAGUCAUGUAAAAGGAGGUUGUAUCUGUACUACCAUUUAGAGUUGUGAAAAUGAUUGUGUAGUCAUAUUUUCAAGUAGCACAAGUUUACAAAAUUUUAUAUCAUUAUCAAUGGAGUCCAAAAGAAAGUGUGAAAAUAAAAACACUGCUGUUUUUUUAAUACUUCAUGUGCUGAAUGUGCACCUCAUUGUAGGCAAACAGUCAUGUAAAGGGCAGUGCAUAAUGUAUUGUUUUUUUUUAUUUUUUUUAAUUUAUUUCAUUUUUGUGCUGAUAUACAACUAAUGUAGAAGUUCAGCGCUGCACUGAGAAAAAUUUUAACCUGCAAAAAUAAUUAAAACCUUUCUUAAAGAGAACAAAAGCAAAACUAGUCAUCUUAAUGUGUUGUGUUUUCCAGAACUAUUUGCAUGAAUUAUUAUUACUCUGGAGAAACAUUGUAGAA